CAAAUGCUUAAAGAAAAAUUUAAACUUGAAAAUGUUGGAAGAACGGAGAAUGCUGGUGUUUGGAUAAAUGAACAAAAGAAAAUUGGGGCAAUAGGGAUACAAGUUAGAAAUGGAAUUACUUCACAUGGAUUGGCUUUAAAUUGUGAAACAGACCUUAAAUGGUUUGAUUAUGUAAGUAAAAUAUACAUAUUAUAACG